GGUGACGGUGAGUCGGAGCUGGCACCGGGAGGGAACGAGGAUGAGGAUGAGGACGAGGAUGAGGAUGAAGAGCGAGCAUCACCGAUUGGCAGUGAGGGGCCGUGGGAGGAAGGAAAGCAGGAGCCCCCCACCCACAAGGCCGUGCGGAUCAACCGGCUGAUGGAGGAGGACCCAGCGUUCCGGCGAGGACGCCUCCGGUGGCUACAGCAAGAGCAGCAACGUUUCCAGAACCUUCAGCAGCAGCAGAUCAGCAGGAAGCUGCGUAAACACAUCGGGCCCGGGCGCUUCAUCCCCCCCCAGGACUGCAAACUCCGCUUCCCCUUUAAGAGUAACCCCCAACAUCGCCUCUCCUGGGGACCGGGCACUUUGCCCUCUGACCCCGGAGCGCCCUCUGACCGCGGCAUGCCCUCUGACCCCAGCGCGCCCUCUGACCACGGUAUGCCAUCUGACCUCAGGGCACCCUCUGACCCUGCCUGGCCCUCUGACUCCAGAGUGCCCUCUGACCCCAGCAUGCCCUCUGACCCCAGCAUGCCCGCUGACCUCAGGUCACCCUCUGACCCUGGGGAAGAAGGCACCCCAAGCCCAGGGCGACCCCUGACCCCGAGCGGGCAGUGCCAGGAGUCGGGGGGUGAGGCCAGAUUCCGGGGGGCCCAGCGUUUCUGGCAGGGCUAUGGCCCCGUGCUGCACCAACACCACCACGGUAACCCCGGUCAGUACGGUCACCACGGUAACCCCGGUCAGUACGGUCACCAUGGUAACCCCGGUCAGUACGGUAACCCCAGUCAGUACGGUAACCCCGGUCAGUACGGUCACCAUGGUAACCCCGGUCAGUACGGUAACUCCGGUCAGUACGGUCACCAUGGUAACCCCGGUCAGUACGGUAACCCCGGUCAGUACGGUCACCAUGGUAACCCCGGUCAGCGGCGAUACCGUGAUGGCCGACAGUUCCGGCGGAAUUCCUUUGACAAUGGGGUCGGGAGCCGUGAUAGGGAGACCCGGAAAUACCGUCACUACCGACAGCCCCCCCAGGGGCACCGAGACGGGCAGCUCCCCAAAGGUACUGACCUCCCCUCCCAACGCUACCACCAGCAUCGCCCCUACACACCCCCCCCUCGCAUGAGACGUCAACACUCCUCCCCAAACCUCCAACAGCCAGACACCCCCAUCUAACCCCAGGGUGGAGGGGGGGAGCGA